CGAUUCUAUCAAACCGUGUUUGUUGUAGUUUACCGGAGAUGUUGAAGUUUGCGGUGCCUCUAUGCGCUUUGGUGGCCGUCGCCUGGUCACAUGCCGUCGUUCCCGACGGCCUCCAUCCGACAUCGGAUGAGAUGAUCGAUUUCAUCAACAACCUCAACACGACUUGGACGGCUGGCCGCAACUUCGACAAGUCCAUCAGUUUGGAAUAUCUCCGAGGUCUGAUGGGCGUCCACCCGAUGUCGGUCAUGCACCGUCUGCCGACAAUCGAGCACGACGUCGACCCGGAUGAUCUUCCCGAUAGCUUCGACGCCCGUCAGAAAUGGAGUCACUGUCAUUCCAUCGGAGUCAUCAGGGACCAAGCUUCUUGUGGAUCCUGCUGGGCGUUCGGAGCAGCGGAAGCCAUAUCGGACCGUGUUUGCAUUCACAGCCACGGGAAGAUCCAAGUGAACAUUUCAGCGGAAGAUCUGGUGGACUGCUGCGAUACAUGCGGAUUUGGGUGCAAUGGCGGGAACCCUGGUGCGGCCUGGGAGUACUGGAAAGAUGAAGGUCUUGUGACUGGCGGCCUCUACGGUACCGAGGACGGCUGCAAGCCCUACUCAAUCCCUCCCUGCGAACACCAUGUCAAGGGCAAGCGACCACCUUGUACGGAAGUCCAGACUCCGAGGUGCCAAAAGAAAUGCCGCGAUGGGUACGAGAAGACCUACCAAGAGGACAAACAUUAUGGUCAAACAGCUUACUCCGUUGGAUCAGACGAAGACCAGAUUAAGGCAGAGAUCUACAAAAACGGUCCAGUGGAAGCUGAUUUCUUCGUCUAUGCCGAUUUCUUGAACUACAAAUCCGGUGUGUACCAACACCAGACCGGCGAAUACGUUGGCGGCCAUGCAAUUAGAAUCCUGGGAUGGGGCACAGAACAGGGUGUGCCCUACUGGCUGGUGGCCAACUCGUGGAACACCGACUGGGGAGACAACGGCUACUUCAAGAUCCUGCGGGGCUCCGAUGAAUGCGGUAUUGAAGACGACGUCAUUGCUGGAAUUCCACGGAACGAAUAAAAUGCUUGCGUAUGUCUAGCUUUAUCACGAAGACUCAUGGCAUGUUGCUAACAUUAAGCACGCGUCAUCACGAUGCAAGCAUGUGUGAGCGUGAGUGAACACAGCCGUACAUAGACAUAAUACUGGUACGACAAUAUUAGAGGAAAAAAUAAAACAACUUUAUUAGUG